UACGUAUGCAUUGCACUAGCUUAGCUCUGCGACCUCUCUCUAAAUUCCCCAAGAUGGAAAUGUGGACGCAAAAGGAAACCUCAUCGGAAGAAGAAACAACUCUUUUGAAAUCCCCAACUUUAAAUAAUUCAGGUUUAGGCAGAAAAAGAUGUUCAUCGCUAUAUAGGGGAGUGAGACAGCGGCACUGGGGAAAAUGGGUGGCGGAGAUACGGCUGCCACGGAACCGGACCAGAGUGUGGCUGGGGACGUUCUUCGACACCGCCGAGGAAGCUGCCUUCGCUUACGACACGGCCGCUUACAUUCUCAGAGGCGAUCACGCAAACCUUAAUUUCCCCGAUCUGAACCACAAUUCCACCCGCCGCCACGCUACUGCGGCUCUUCUUGAAGCCAAACUCUCGCAGCAGUCAACCAGAAAAUCAGAUAAGAAGGAGAGGCCAGCGGAAGUGAUAAUGGAGAUGGUGUGCGAUGUUGGCAAUGAUACAGUGCAGUUGAGCACAAUGCCUUCUUUGGACAUGGAUGUCAUCUGGGAUGAGCUUGAUUGAUAUCAUCAUCGUCUUUAUUUCUUACUAUAUUUUAUUCACAUCUUUGCCCACUCUAAUAUUUUUUUUUAUGAGGAAUGACCAGUAGUGCAACUGGGAAUAAUAGACUUCAUGUAAUAAUUACUGA